UGAAUCGGCAGUGAUUGUCGGAAUCAAUUUUUGGUGUUGUCCAUUGGACGUGCGAUUUUCAGCAAAAAAUUAAAACAAAAAUUGUAUAAGAAUACUUAAAAGUACUUCAUAAGCAGAGAAAAAAGGCUACGGAAAGCACCAUAAUACAUACAAACAUUAAUAAAACUGAGAAAGUAAAUAAACAAACACCAUGAAGUUUCGUGCUAUGAUGCAGGAUCCUGAGUACAUGCGAGAAUUUCUAUACAUCAUACAAACGCUAUCGAAAUUGGCGAAAACAUGCGUAAUGAAGAUUUCAAUGGACAAAGUUUAUUUUGUGGCAAACGAGGAAUCUUGCAGCACAGCACCAUUGGUUUGGGUAGAAAUCGAUCCAAAAUUAUAUUUCUCUGAGUACACAAUGCAAGGUGUGGACGAUGAACUGGACCCACAUAUUGUGCUAAAUGUACCAACUCUAAAUUUAGGCACCGCACUCUCUUUGCUGCGAAAUAAUCCAUGUUAUUGUAAACUGAAGUUGACUAAUCUACAAUUCCCUUGCUUGACGGUCGACGUGGAUGCGACCACUAAGAGCUCGGAUAAGUCGCGCCGCGCCAUGCAUCAUGUACCUGUGGAUGUAAUACCACGUUGCGAUUGGCCAAAUUAUGCAGUGCCUCGAAAACCGACCUGCAAAUUGGUGUUAAAUGUGCCCUCCAAUCGGUUAAUACGAGGUCUAAUUGACAAAAUAAAGAAUCUAUCACCGACUAUAAUUUUUUAUGCAACUACCAGUGGAGAAAUGAAUUUGGUUGCCGAAACGGAUAUGGCAACCAUUACAACGCGCUACCAAAAUUUAGAGUUACGUGCGAUGAAUGCUAGCGAAAGUGACAAAGAGAAGGAUCAAAUUGAGGCAUCAUGUUCCGUGGACUGUAAGAAGACUGCACUAUUUUUCUCGGCACUACAAGUACCCUCAACGGAGUUGUCGUGUGGCAUAGCUGAUGAUCGCCUCAUACACUUGGAAGUGAACAUACGAGAAGGCAUUGCCAUCCACUCCAUUUUGCCAGCAGUUUGCGUAUGAACAUUGUUUGUUGAGCUGUUAAAUAAAAAAGUUAACGAAUAUUUAGAUUUAAGGAUCUUUCUUGACGCAAUUUUGGUAUAAUAGCUGCAUUUUUUUUGUAAACGACCGACAAAAUAACGCUCAACUCGGGGAAAAUUUCCUUUUAGCUACUUAGCAACCCUGUUAGACACAAAAAACAAAAGAAAUGAGUAAUAAUGCGAGGUAUGUGCGUAAUAUAUAUAUUUAUUUAAAAUAUAAAUCAUGUAUAUGCGAAAACAAUAAUUUCCCUCCACUAUCCCAUUAACAAUUCACAAUAGAGCAGUUUUUUCACUUACCAGCACUACCCUUGAGCUCGCGUAUUUUUUGACUGACCUUGCUAAACUCGGAUAAAUAGCCGAGUUUGUGUUGUUGCUUUGCAUGUAUUUCGUCAUUUAAGCGAGUGUAGUUUUUGUAGCUCGGUUGCAAAAGAAUGCACCUAAUGUUAAACUUAUCAGUGCAUAUAAAAGCCAAUUGAUUUUUCCAAGCAAAUUACAUAAAUAAGCGAAAAUGUUUGAAUAACUAAACUAUAUAAAAUACAUACAUACAUAUGCAUUUAAUAAAUGGAAUGCGAGCGAA